CCAAGCCCGUCCCCUCCGAUAGGCUGUCCUUGGCGACGUCACGGCGAUCAGCUGUUGGAGCCCCACAACAACAACAAAAGAAAGAGCAGUCGGGGGACUGAAGGAAGGAAGCUGAACCGCACUGUGACUCCCGAUGUAAAGAAAAAAUAAAAAAACCCCGAAAUUAACAUUUUUUAUAUUUUAUUUCUUCCGCGAAGAAACCUCAAGUUUUUCUAUUUUUCGAAAAGUAACGUCUCUACCUCAGUUUUAAAGGAUUUUAAUCACGAUUUCAGCUCGUUUACAUCCUCUGCUUCUGCCGCAGGACUUUGUUUUGUACUUUUGCACUCGUUGACUCGAUCGUGACGUUGAGCGAUGUCCAGCCUGCUCCUGCUGGCCCUCAGAUGAUCCAUGACCACACGCUGUUGAUGCACUUUAGCACCUUUCCGGAGCCCUUCCCUCGCCGUGAACCCCGCAGCUGAUGACCAAAGUGCCCGCCACGCCCCCCCGCCGUCGCCCCGAGCCACGCGCCUCCUCCUCCUCCCUCCACCUAACGCCCCCCCGCGACGUCCCGGGAUGUUCCAGAGGUUCGCCAGCGCUCUGUUCGGGGACGACGUGGAGGAGCUGAGUCGAUGCAGCAGACCCGGAGACGGCAAAGAGGAAGAGGAGGAGGAUGAAGACUGGAUCCUGGUCAACUACCUGGCUGAAGCCUGCUCCAGUCAGUGUGGCGACGGCCGCUCCGGAUCCACCGUCAGCCCAGAGGAAGAGGAGGAGGAUGAAGAGGAGGAAGACCUGGUGAUGAUCCCCUCCCCGAUGGCCAGCCCCCCCAUCCGCUACGCUUCCUGCACCUCCCUCAACUCCACGGCCGACACCGACCCGGACGGCGGCGCCGAGGAGGAGGAGGACGAAGAGGAGGACGAGGAAGAGGAGGAGAGCGGGUUCCUGCGCCUGGACGCCUGCUCUCUGGAGGAGAGCUGGUUCGUCACCCCGCCGCCCUGCUUCACCGGCCGCGGCAGCCAGCCCGUCCUCCUGGAGACCAGCCCCCUGGAGAACCUGCUGAUCGAACACCCCAGCAUGUCCGUCUACGCCCACCACAGCCCCCCCCGGCUGACCCUCGACCCCCUGCCCCGCUCCCUCGACCUGGAGCUGGGCUUGUUGCCCAGCAACGUGCCCAACGCCCCGACGGCCUCAGGUGGGAAAGAGAAAGGCAGACGCACGCUGGACGGGCCUCGUCACAGGCCAGACGUGGCGGUCGUCCAGCGUCGCUCCAGCCUCCACUCUGCCUGCUACGCCGCGGCGCUGUCGGCCCGCGCCGGCCUCUUGCAGCAGCGGCCGGGCCUCGCCGCCCAGCACGCCCAGCCGCUGUCCCGCAACGCCCUGCGACGCCUCAACCUGCUGCGCCCCCCGAAGGCCAGCACCAUGCACCUGCACCAGCCCAACCAGAGACACCUCAACUUCUGAUGAGGCCCCCCACCCCUCCCCUCCCCUCCCGGCAGCAUCACCUUCAUCAUCAUCAUCAUCAUCAUCAUCAUCAUCAACCUCGACCCUGAUCCUUUAAGCAGUAUAAACUAACACUGGUCACACACACACCAGCAACAAGUCGAUCUACAUCAUCAGUUACACACCGCAGUCUCUAAUCAGAUGGUGAAACAGGGAACAUGGCUGCUUGUUUAUCUUUUAAAUCUUAUCAGCUCAUGUGGCCAGCAGGUAUAAAGUUUGCCCCCUCUUCCUCUUCUUCCUCCUCCUCCUCCUCUUCCUCUUCCUCCUCUUCCUCCUUCAUACUGAUGCUGAGAAGAAGGGAUGUGAAAAGAAAAAGGUCAUCAUGUGUCCUCCUUCCUGUCUCCCUCUCUCUGUUUGUGUCCAAUCACAGCGAGGAAGAGUUGCCACGACGACGUCUACUUCCCUCUCUUUAUCCCUUUCUUCUUCUUCUUCUUCUUCUUCUUCUUCUUCUUCUUCUUCAUGGACAACUUAUAUGUGUAGAAUCAAUGCUGUAGGUCACUUUACUCGGCGGCAGGUUCGCAGAGCGCCCGAGGCAGGAUGGCGGCGAUGGUGAUGUCACAGUGAUGUCAUAGCAGGGGUUGCGUGGUCUCCUGACUGUCUGGCAACCUUUUUAGGCAACUUCUCAGGACAUCAGGAGACGUUUCAGACCCCUAAAAUCACUUGAACAUGUUGCAGUUUUGCCCAAAAAGUUGUCAGUCGUGAUGUUUUGAAAUUAAUGAGUCGCUGUUACCUUUUUUAAAGGAAAAAUCCCCUCAAACCAUCUCGACACUGUUUUUAAUCUGUAAUCUGUAUUUGUCGGCUUGUCUUGUGAGAUCUUACAGUUCCCAGAAUGCCUUUCAGCUAGUCUAAUAAAGGGAUAUUCUGUGAAUUUUUACAUGUCAAAGUCAACUUAACACAGUUUUCUGACGUGAUGUCAUCGCGGUUACCUCAGUUUGUAGACUACAACUUUAUAACAGAAAGCAGGGCGUCUAAUGGAAAGAUGCUAUCGAGUUGCAUUAUGGGAAAUGUAGGAUGCAGUGUUUGUGGAGCUUAAUAGGGACUAAAACUCAGGAUAUUUCAGCUUCUGCUGCUUCAAUUGCAAAAGCCCCUAAACUCUCUGGAAGUGCAAUAUUACAUGACUGUAGAACUUUAAAUAUAAAACCUUCAUUUUCAGGUUGUUUUUUUUUUUUAAAGAAUUUCUUGCUGAGAAAAACCUAAAGUAUUUAAUUUCUUUCCGUAGUAGCAACUACUGCCGACGGUUUGCAACAAAACAUUCAUUCCACCUCUGUUUAUGUUUAGAAAAAAUCUAUUUUUGCAGAGCUGAACGCGAGCCGCCAGGUGUGAGCGAGUUGCAUCCGGCCUGAUAUCUGAAACAUGAGAAACAGAACAGAGAAGUUAACGAGUCAACAAAAUGUUUUCUCACUCAAACCGGAGCGUUUCUCGUAGCUGCUCGGUAUUCUGGUUUAUUUCCUGUGAGUACAGAUACAGAUUUUUAGUUUCUGUGUGUUUCUUCCCUUUAUGAUCAUCGACUUCGGUUCAAGAAACUUAAACUGCAAAAAAUAUUGAGGAACUGAAACCAAAAGAAAAGAAAAACACAGUAAGUAAUGAAGUCAGCGAUGCAAAACCAUUCAGUAACCUCUGUCAACAGCCUUACAGCAUUUUAAGGGGAUUUUUCCUUUAAUUUCCUGCCUUCAAAUGUAAAAAAAAAAAUCUGCUCUCCUGCAGCGUCACCCUGCUGUUAAACACGGCUCGUCCUGCGGCGGCGGCGGCGGCGGCGGCUGAACCUGCCUCUGACUUUGUAAUUCAGUACUUUUCACAAUAUUUUCUUGAAAAAAGAAAGAAAAAAAAAAUUACUGGGUUAAAUAUCACUAAACGCCUUGUUUUAACGGUAGCUUUGAGAUGAAUAGAAAUGUUAAAAAAAAAAAAAUGUAUUUAAAAAAAAAAACUUCCAAAAUAUUUUUGAAAAGAAAAAAACAAAUUACAUAUCAGUAUGAAGUUGGUAUAUAUGCGUCUACGGUUUCUUGCUUAGGUAUGUUUGGUUAUGUUAGUUUGCAAAUCUGUUGCAUGGUUGUAGAGUUGUGUUAGUGUUACGAUGGUUGGAAAAAAAAAGAAAAGAAAAUGGAAAAAUUUUUCUUUUUAUUAAUUUUUUUUUGUUCUUAAGAAAAAAAAAAUCUGCAGUCCACUUCUCAGGGUCACAACCAAUCACCUUUACACUUUAGGAAAAUGCAGAUUUACUUGACGGCUGAUGAUUCUUUGUGCGUGCUCGGACUUUUUUUCCAGCUCUGUCCCCGGCGAGCUUUCCCUCGUGAAAAUGUUUGUGAGAAAUAAUCAACUUUUUUUGGUUUUAUAGUGUCUCAGAAUCUUAUCUUGGUCCCAGGACUGUGAAAAUGAACUAUUGACGCUCUCAGUCGACUGUUGGAAAUCCAUCAAGAUGGAGAGAAACUGUUGGUCUUUUUUUUUUUUUUUUUCAGCAA